AUGGCUACUGAUCUCUGUGAGACAUGCAACAAAUUCGAUCUCUACAGUUUCCAAAGAGACCCUGAGGGAUACCGGGGAUACUUGUUCGAAAAAGUCACCGAAGGUGCAACCACCGGCUGUCGUUUCUGCUCGUUACUGUAUGGUUGCUUCAGUGGACAUGCUGAGCCUCGUAGCAGUUGGUGGAAGCCCAAAGGCAAAGGUUCAGACUAUAUCCAUCUAAGCCUAGACACAGAGGAUAUAAGUACACUUGAUGGUACUAGCGUGCCUAGUACUGAAUCACUUCGAGUGAUAGGUAUGAAAGCGCAACUGGGCAAUGGGCGGGCUUUCAUGCGCGACUUUGACCGUCAUCCUAAGCCUUACCUACAUAUGGUUGCUGAUCCCGGUAUGCUUGGCUUGUCUUCUUCACUUGUUCGUGAAAUCUCUACUUCGCUGCUAACAAUAUGGGGCUUAGACAGCCAGGCAGCAAGAAGUAAAGAUAUAAUGGGCCGAUAUUAUUCAGACUAUCAGUCCUUAGGAUAUUAUACUUCUAUGCUAAGACAACGGAUCAAUAACUGUUUGACGCACGAAACUUGCUGUAAAUCACUGGCGGGGCUACCUUUGCCUAUUUCGGGAAACGCAACCCUUCCCACAAGGUGUAUCGAGUUGCACAGAGAAAGGGUGUUCCUCAGAUGCACAAAGGGACUGGUCGGCUCAUAUAUGACUCUAAGUCAUCGCUGGAAUCAGGAGACAGAGGCAUCUAAGACCAUGGUUUCAAACUGCAAGGCAAGAAAAGAGGGUGUAUGGGACUGCAAAUUGCCCAAACUCUUCAUGGAUGUCCUUGAAGUGGCUAAGAGACUGGAUGUUAAGUACGUUUGGAUUGACUCGUUAUGCAUCAUUCAAGAAGGCGAUGCAGGACUCGACUGGGAUAAUGAAGCAGUAAAGAUGGCCGAAUAUUACGAAAAUUCGCUGAUCACUGUUAUGGCAACCUCUGCCACUCGCGAACACGGUCUCUUUCCGAUAAGUUCGUUUCCGAUUUCUAGCGCUCAAUUUGCUAGGCUCCCCUAUCGAAAUCGAGAAGGACAGCUCGACGGUCACUUUUUUGUAUAUUACAACUACAUGACCGGGGAAUCCCAAUUCGAUUCGUCCGUUAUUGCAAGCGACCUGCUGGCCCGGGCUUGGGUCUUCCAGGAGCGUCAUCUUAGCUGCCGCACUGUCUUCUUUACCCAUCACGGCAUGUUUUUUGAAUGUCGGAGAAGUGCGCCGAUCAACGACAGAAACGAGCGAGGAUGGGGGGAGGGUCCCUCGGGGAUGUCGCACGGCAUUGACCGAUGGUAUGACAAGUAUUUGUCGCCAUACUCAGGCUUACAUCUCACCAAGCCGAAGAAAGAUCGCUUAGUGGCCGUUUCUGGCAUCAUGAAUCAGUAUUUAUCGCUAGAGAUCAGCAGAAACUUGGGAAUUGGGAGUUCAUCCAACACGAAUUUGGAUCCUGAUAAGUGGGACAAAAAGGUCUGGUGGACGUGUGGUUUGUGGUCUUUCGACAUCCAAUCGGGUCUUGUUUGGCAACAAAACGCUAAUUUUAGGAUUGCAAAUCGUCAACGCUUUUCACAGUAUCCUUCGUGGUCAUGGGCUUCUACGAUGGUGCCCGUUUCAUGGCAAGGGAUGAAGCCAACGCCAAAGCACUUUCUAUGGAAAGUUCAAGUAAUGCUGGAAGACGUCUCCAUCUUGAUCGAUGGUGUAGACGGUGCAGGGCUUACCGAGAUGCAAUCCAGGCAGGGUGCCUUCUUUGCCUCCCCGGUUAGUCUCGAAGGCACUGGGCGGCUAGUGCCGGUCUUGAUGCGAAGCCGCUUUGAAUCGCAGGAUGAAAGGAGCGCCAUUUGUCGUCUAUCAAACUCCGAGAAAGCUGGUGGCUUAGAGAACGAGGCCCCACGAGUAGGCAAUCGGCGAAAAGUAUGCUUGCCUGAGAAGUGUGACCUAGUGGCUGGGUGGGCAUCGCUAGAGCAUAUAGAUUUCCAGGAAGAUUCAGCCUUCAUCCAUGGCCCAGUCAUCUACGCCCUAGCCAUAUCUUGCGGAACGAAUCCUGUGAGUCCAUAUGCUCAGGGACAUAUAUUGAAAAGGAGCAAAGUAUAUACAGUUCUCUUUGUCAAGAGUGUGGUUGGAGGGGAGAAGUACGAGCGUGUUGGCGCCGGAAAGCUAUUUGGGGAUGAUGCCGAAAAGGCUUUUUGGGUUUGUGAGAAGCGGAAGAUUACGCUAGUUUAG